AUGCCAAUCAGCGACUCCUGGCCAGACCUCGAAGCUUCCCUCGAGCAGCUGGACGAACCCACCGCUAAACGCAUCACCUCUCUCCACGACCACCUGCUACCCCACUCCACCGAGGUCUCAGCCUACGCAACCUCUCUCCACCCCCAAAACCUACCCUCUCGUCUCAUUACGUCAACUUACACCUGGGGACAAAGUUUCCUCGUCUACGAAAUCGUAUUCGAGCGUCCAGAUGACGAGUCCACAGUCGACGAGAGCUGGGUGGCUCGAUUCGGCCUGCCACCGUACGAGGGGGACGAGUUCUUCAACACCCCUGAACAGCUCGAGCGCAAGAUCCUGAAUGAAGUCGGCGCCCUAAAAGUGGUGAAGGAACGAACGACUGUCCCUGUACCAACCAUCUACGGUUACUGCGCACGCCACGGGGACGGAUUCCAGCGCAAGUUUGGCGGUGGCGUCACAGUAGACUCAGCAACACGCAAGCCACAUCCUCUCGGAGAGGCCUUCCCAGCCUUCAUUCUAAUGUCAGCCCUGCGCGGCAAGACGAUCGAAGAGUGUGGGAUCCCUAUCCAUGAGUUGGGUGGACACUGGGACGUGGAGCCAGCCUCGCCGGACGAAUGCCCCCAUUUCACGUCUCCUAUCCUCAAGAACUAUUUGACAUCCCUGGCCAACAUCCACAUGCAGCUCUCACAGAUCACCUUUCCCCAAAUCGGAUCGUUUACCAUGGACGAUGUCACGGGGGAGGUCCGGAUUGGACCGAUGGCCGAAUUUGGUUUGGGUCCAUUUGAUACGGCGGAGGAGUAUUAUGGGACCCUUGCCGAGGCAUUCAAGAGGAUUGCCGAAGCUAGUGAGGAAGAGGAAGACGAGGAAGAGGGCGAUGUAGCUCUCACGAUGGAGGAGGAUGAAUCGAAGACGGUCACGCUCUCGAGCGCCCAAGUCAAGUCCCUCCGUCGUAUGUUCACGGCUGCCAUCUUCCCUCUCGCUCUCGGUCCGCACGUUUCGUCUUCCAACGAUCGCGGCCCUUUCCCUUUACGUCACGGAGAUUUGCACAGCGAGAAUAUUCUAGUCGAUGAAGAGACAGGAAACAUCGUUGGCGUUAUCGACUGGGAAGGUGCGGGAACCGUCCCCUGGGAGGUUGCCGGUGGCUUGAAUUGGGAGGUUCAGGGGGAUGGGAAUGCCGAACUCACGAAAUGCGCAUCGAACGCUCCUUCCAUCCGGCGUCCAGAAAUACACGCCGCCUUCAAUCGGACCCUGAAGCAAAUCGAACAGGGAUUGGACUCGGACGAGAAACUGCAGGCCACCACCACCACUUUCGACCAAGGCCAGAAGAAACUUGAGUCUCCCGUUUCAAGGCCUAAGCAUCUUAGCAUGGACCGAAGAACGGAAGAGCCUCCCCCCAAAAUCCCUGUUCCUGGGUCGCCGGCGAACGUGGUUUCCCCCUACGCAUCUGCAAUCUCAUUGUCGUCCUCUUCGUCAUCAUCGUCGUCGUCCUCGGAUCACGACUUCGACUCGAUGAAAUCCCACUCUCGCUCCAGCUCGAGCUCGAAGUCCAACCUGACGGCAUUCACCUCGCCCCCGACGUCGCCGUCGUCCUCCAUAUUCGAUCUAUCUGCUCGGAAGGAACAGGAGGUGCACAAGGAGGCUGACACACAUCUGGUCGCCCCUGCUCCUCGUCUUCCUUCCAUCUCGAUCCUCAACACGCCGCCUUCACCUCCGUCUAGUAAAACUGCCAACGGCUUGUCGACUGUGGACAAUGUCAACGAGCAAACAUCCCCCACCACGAAGUUCUCGCACGCUGCAUCUGAGCCCGGCAACGCUGCUGGACCCUGUGGUACCACCAAGGGAUUCACAGACCCACCCCAUUCGCAGCACACCCGAUCGGUUAGUCUGAGCCCUGUCAUCGUUGAAGCAAUCCGUGAACCACUGCCGGCUGAUUAUCAAAAGCAGAUGGUCAACAAGUCCGAGUUGUCUUUGUCGAUGGCUGCCAUGAGCAUCCGGUCUCAUUCCCCCACUCUCAACGUGUCUGGGAAUCCGAAAAGAAACUCGUUGACUCUUACACCAACAUGGGGCCAGUCAAGCGUAAUUCGUUCGCCCCCUACGCCUUCAUCGUUCCCUCGGCAUCGAAAUUCGCUUCAUCGACGAAAGCAGUCCUCCAUCGUGCUGAGCUCGCUGCCGCCUUUGACACCAGUUUCGCCGUCGCCUGGACAGCAUUCGCCCGCGAUUCCGUUUAACCUUUAUGGGCCACCGUUACAUGCCCCUCCCCCGCUUUUGGCUGGUAGCCUGUCCCUGCCUCCUCUCCCCAUUCGAAGACAUGGUUCCCCAUCGCCCUCCCCCUCACCCACACCGGGGAAGUCGAGAUCUCCGUCACCAUUGGCCACCCCACAGGGAACACCCUCGAUUACAUCCCACCACUCGCACCACUUCCGGGAGCACUCGUUUGGCGGGUUCCCUAGGACACCUCCAGCCAAUUUCCACCAUGGAUUUGGUCACGGCCAUGUCAGAUCGGUUUCGACCUCGCAUGGGACCACGCAGCACGGUUCGUACUUCCUACCGCCUUCCCUCUCGAGAAGUGUUUCUGCGAGCCACAGUAGUCGGGGGACGAUCACCCCUAGCACGUCGGUACCUUCAACGCCUUCGACUGCUGUUGGCCCAAGCGCUCCUCCGCCUGUGCUUUCACCGCCAACACUGUCCUCUUCGCCGCAGCCAAUGGAUGAAGCUCCCCCAGCCCCGCCUCCGUCCACCGAAAAGGCAUCCAAACAAGCGGAACCCCCUUCGCCAGUCGUCCAAGCGACCAAGCUCAAACCCGUCACCUCUCCAGCCGGGUCUACCCUCUCCGACCUACACGGCAGCGUCGGUGCCUAUGUCGCCUCCUACCUUGCCCACUGGAUGUUCGUAUUCGGAUGUGACUACCAAACUGUGGGAAAGGCGUUGUGGGACGUUGUUCUGUACGCCAAUCUCAAGGAUGAUGAGGAAGGAGCAGUCGACGUCGAGGAUGCGUUCUGGGUCUGGGUUAAACAGACACUUGGCAAUAAUGCUGAUGAAGACGAUGCUAUCCAAGAGGAGGAAGAGGAAGUUACGAAGGAGGUGUCCCCGGCCAAGGAGGUCCAGGCCCCAGCGAAGGAGACAACGUUCGUUCUCGAGGCCAAGACUCAGGCAGCUCAAGACUCCGCCCCACCUGGUAAUCGAGUGCUGACUGACGGAAUCGUUGGCAAGAAAGAAAUAGAUGCUUUGGAUUAA